CAGGACAUCACAUCACCAUCAAUCAAGUUCUCGUCGAAGAUUACCAGAGCAACGAUGAAUUUCUGCCUUUUGGUGUUAGCUGCGGCUUCGUCUGUACAGGCCUUCAAGUUAGAAGCAGAGCCAGUGAAAGUACUGGUGUAUGAUGAUCCCGACUGCUACUGGUGCCAGUUGUUUGUGACUGAACAGCUUUAUCCUACAUAUAAGGAAAUUGGAGAUAUCAUGGAAGUCGAACUGAAUACAUAUGGCUUCACCCAGGAGCCUUUUCAAGCUAGAGAAUUCAUCAACAACCGAAUUGUGGAGUGCGCUCAAGUCUAUAUUCCUGAAACGGGAGUAUUCUUAGAUUUCGCUGCCUGUUUUCUGCCCGGGUCUCAUGAUGGAGCAGGAUGUGCAACCAAAGCUGGUGUUGAGUGGGAUCCCAUCAGGACUUGCGCCGAGGGAGAGGAAGGAAAGAACCUUCUGCACGAUGCAGGAGCUCGGGAGGACGCCCAGCAGCCUUCAGUUCGGUUCUAUCCCUGGAUUGCUAUCAAUGGGGUGGGUCCAAAUGAAGAUGCUCAGAGCAACCUGAAAGCGGAGGUCUGCAAGGCUUACGCAGGAGUGCCACCCCCAGAAUGCAAGUAGAUUCUGAAGAGGUUUUAUUAAAGCCUUUUCUAGCUCCUAUAAAGUGGACUGAGGAAGACUAAAUAUAGCCUAAAAUAUU